AAUACUGCAAAUGCACACAAUAGAUGAGACGCUGUGUCUGUGUUAAAAUAACUGCUCCUUAAUAAUUGGUAUUUAUCGCUCUUAACGAUCGUCACCAUCGUUUUCACUCUAAUCGGCAGAAUGUGAACAAAUGUUUUCGAGAUCCGAGUGAAAAACAACAGCAUUCAACCACAACAACAUUAUAAUAAUUACUUCAUUUACCAACUGAUUUGAUAUUUCUUUAACGCUACUCGACCACCACCUCCAUCUCUCUCUCUCUCUCUCUCUCACACACACCAGCUCACAAGUGUAUUUAGAGAUAAGAGAGCAGCCAUUAGAUUGAAAAUUUUGAUUGCAUUUUGUGAGGAUGGGCGCAACGUGUUGGCCUCGUGAGCCCGAGUUGAAUGCAAUCAGAACAAAGGUUGCUGCAAUGUCUGGAAGUGAUGCCAACGAGGUCAGGAUUGUCGUAUCCCCAUAUAGGAUUUGUCCACUGGGAGCUCAUAUUGACCAUCAGGGUGGGACUGUUUCAGCGAUGACAAUCGACAAGGGUAUAAUUCUUGGAUUUGUUCCGUCCAGUGAUUGUCAGGUUCGUCUACAAUCUGGACAGUUCAAAGGUGAAGUUAAGUUCAGGGUAGAUGAAGAGCAACUGCCUGUAAAUGCUUCCGAAUUAAAAAAUUCAGGCCGUGUGAAGGAUUCUAUUGCACAGGAGGAGUGUACCUGGGGAAAUUAUGCCAGAGGAGCAAUAUAUGCAUUACAGAAAAAAGGGAACCAUCUAAAGCAGGGCAUUGUCGGAUUCAUCCGUGGUGAGGAGGGGCUAGACAGUUCAGGGCUUAGCUCUUCAGCAGCUGUAGGUGUACAUCUCUUCUUCUCCCAUGCAAAUUUAUGUUAUCUGCUGAGCUGAUUGGUUUCUAGCUAGCAAAAUAAAUCACUC